AUGGUUUCCAUUGUUAACAAAGGUUUUAAAACUGGUUUUACUUCUGAACAAAUAGCAUCAGUUAGUCCAGUAAAUGACUGUGAGCUUUAUAAAGACGCUUACAUCUGUACUGGUGCUCAGUACCAGCUGUACUGCAACACAAGUGUGCAUAACUUCUGGUACUCAGGAUAUCUCAACCAGAUCACACACAGAUGCAGUGGUUAUGACUGUGACUGUACUGGUAAUACGAGCACAUGUAUAUGUACCAGUAGCACUUCAUCCUGUUUCUGCAGUAAUGGUGACAACAGCAUCACUCUCAGUCCAUCAGUUAGUCCUCGCUAUGACUGUGAGCUCUAUAGCAACAACACUUACAUCUGUACUGGUGUUCACUACCGCAUGUACUGUGAUAUAAAUGACCAUGAACUUCAUUACACAAUAGACCACCAUCACUGCUUGAAGAAUAACUGUAACUGUUAUGGUGAUAAGUACAACUGUAGAUGUUACGUUGCCACUUCCUCUUUCUGCUCUUGUGAGAAUUACAACAACAACAUCAAUAACAUUGCUAUUGUCAGUCCAGUAAAUGACUGUCAGAGUACAACUACAAACACAACGUCUCAUGUCAAUACAACUACAAGCGCAACAUCUCUUGUCAACAAAACUACAACACCAACACCUCAUGUCAAAACAACUACAACACCAACAUCUAGUCCCACAACUUCAGCUCUGAAUCUUACACUGCUGAAGAAAUGCACGGGCACAGAAUGUUUAACAACUCUAUUUGAUCUGAUCGAGAACACUACAGUACAAGAGCUGCCUUUGAAUAAUGUCACAGAUCUUUUUGAUGUGGUGUUUAAUGCUUCGGAGAAGAAGAUGAACUUAUCAAUGGAUGACCCAACGCAAUUAGUGCAAGCAGGGAACCAGGUCUUAAAAUCCAGUGAGAAGCUCGUCUCCAUGUUGGUGAAGGAAACAAACACCAGUGAGAGAGUCAGUUUUAUUCGUGAAACUGUAGAGGCACAAGUCUUCAUGGUUGGACCACAGGUCACCUUAAAAAAAAACUCUAACCUCACCUUAGAUAAAAUCCCUCAGCUCAACACAACAAAUGCUUCAAUAGACAUUGAUCUCAUUGGAAAUGCCUUGAACAACAAUGGAUCAGCUGCUGUGGCUUUCAUGAGCUACAACACAAUGGAGAACCUACUGAAACCAGACUUCUUCAACACAUCAAAUAACACAGUUAAAACCAUGAUGUCCACUGUCAUCUCAGCUACUCUUCCUAAAACCACCAACACAACCCUCACCAAACCAGUCAACUUCACCCUCAAACACAUCAGAGAGUUAAACAAGAGUGGUAAUCUUUCCUGUGUGUACUGGAACAUCAGAGAGUGGAUUGUAGAUGGUUGUUCUGUUGUAAAGACCAACAGCAGCUUCACUGUGUGUUCAUGUCAUCAUCUGUCAACAUUCGCUCUCAUCAUGCAAACCAGACCAUCAGAGGAAGGUCCUCUUCUGGAGUCGAUGAAUGUGGUGUUUGUGAUCGUGGGUCUGGUGUUUACUAGUUUGGCUCUGUUGACUUUUGCUUUCUGUCGAUGGAAACCUGGAGUGAACAAUGUAGCUCGAAUCAACCUCUGCAUCAGUCUGCUGUCUGCUCAUCUUCUGUUCUUACUCACACAACAAUUCAUCAAACUCAUAAAACCUCACAAGGAGUUGUGUGCUGUAAUAUCAGGAGCUCUUCACUUCUUCUUUCUCUCCUGCUUUGUGUGGAUGUUCAUUGAAGCUGUGCUGCUCUUCAUCUGUGUGAAGAACCUAUCACAGAUCAGCUCCAAACAGAGGGCGUUGCUUAGCAGUGCAUUCUUGAUUGUGAUUGGAUAUGUGAUUGCUUUUGUUAUAGUGGGCGUGUCUGUUGGACUGGUUCCUGAAGGUUAUGGCAGUGAACAAUGUUGGAUUAAACAGGAGAGAGGCUUCAUCUGGAGUUUUCUGGGACCUGUUUGCUUCAUUCUUGCAAUAAACACGAUUCUCUUCAUCAGUAUCAUCAUCAGUCUAAACUCCACUCUCAAAAACCUUAAGGCUGAAGUUUCAGUGAUGAAACAAACCAAGAUUAUGGUUUUUAAAACUCUGGCCCAGUCUGUGAUUCUUGGUUGUCCUUGGAUUUUGGGUUUCUUCAUUAAUAACAAUCAGAUGAUGGAGAUUCUCUUCCUGAUCCUGAACUCACAGCAAGGAACCUUCAUCUUCAUCAUCCACUGUUUUCUUAAUGAUCAGGUCAGACAACAGUAUGUGAAGUGGAUGAGAGCUGUCUUUCCCUGACUCGAACCAAAAACCUUCAAAGAUGUCCUCUCUCAAAACACUGAUGUCCACUGUUCAUGUAUAGUACAUUUUAAGCCCAUACGAGAGCUGUUAUUAUAAAGCUGAUUUUAUUCAUUACAGUAAAAUAUAACUAUAGCAAAAUCAACUUUAGAUGUUACACCUCAUAGUCUUUUUUUUUGUAAAUCUUAGUAAUGGAUAUGUUUGGUAAUAUUUUUAAAAAACAUGGCGUUUCCUACCAUUUUUAUGCGGAUGACUCGCAAAUCUAUUUACCCAGCCGGGUGUGUGAUUUCACUCCUGUACACUUUGGUUCCCUGCAGCAAUAUGUAAAACCAGUAGUUACCAAUUUAGGUAUUAAAAUCGAUAGUGAUUUUAAGCUGGAUAAGCAGAUAAAUAUGGUGGUUAAAUCUAGUUUUUAUCAGUUGAGGCUUUUAGCGAAAAAAACCUAAACCUGUUUUAUCCUCUAAAAUUUUUGAACAGGUGAUUCAUGCUUUUAUUUCGACACGUUUGGACUACUGUAAUGCACUUUACAUUGGCGUAAUUCAAACUUCUCUUUCACGCCUUCAGUUAGUCCAAAAUGCAGCUGCUCGUUUGUUAACAAGAUCCCAUAAACAAGAACAUAUUACUCCCAUUUUGGCUUCACUCCACUGGCUUCCUGUGUAUUUUAGAAUACAAUUUAAGAUUUUAAUGUUUGUUUUUAAGUCAUUGAAUGGGUUGGCGCCUCAGUAUAUUUCGGAGCUUCCUCAUAGUUAUACCCCGUCAAGGUCACUGAGGUCUGGGGAUCAGUUUCGACUGAUCGUGCCCAGGACUAGAUUGAAGACCAGAGGUGAUCGCUCUUUUACAGCAGUUGCUCCCAAAUUGUGGAAUGAGCUACCACCGCACAUUAAAGCUGCCCCUACUCUCCACACUUUUAAAACUCGUUUAAAAACAUAUCUUUAUUGCCUGGCAUUCCCUGCACUAUGAAAACCAUUGUGGUCUUCGUUGUCGCUGUCAUUGUUGGUGUUAUUUUAUUUAUUUGGUGUUCUAGUUUUUUUUGUCAUUUUACUUUUAUUUGGUCUUCUUUUAUUUUAGUUUUAUUUCUUAAUUGUAAAGCACUUUGUUAACCUUGCGGUUUGUUUAAACUGUGCUCUAUAAAUAAAGUUGGAUUGGAUGUUA